CGACAAACAGUUCGCGACUCUGGACUUGCGACGGUCUGGUAAGUCUGGAAUGCUUCGAUUCGAGUUUUGGUUUGGUUUGUGUUAUGCACUGCUAUUAGAAACUACUCGUUAUUCUUCAACUAUCAUCGUAMCAAUCAUCGUAACUCAUCUAGUUUGGAUGUCACGUGAUUCGAAGCGAGGAAGCUCGAUGUCCCAACAUUGGUGAGUGCUGGGGUGGUGGUGAGGACCAAACGGCGACUGCGACAAUUAUGAUAAUGGGAGAUACUUGUACCAGAGGCUGUCGGUUUUGUUCCGUCAAAACUUCCAGAAAGCCACCCCCGUUGGAUCCCGAAGAACCCGAAAAGGUAUCCRAUGCUAUAUCAAAAUGGGGAUUAGAUUACGUUGUUUUGACAAGUGUCGAUCGAGAUGAUUUGGUGGACCAAGGUUCGAACCAUUUYCGAGAAGUUAUCCAAAAACUGAAACAAAAGAAACCGGAUCUGUUGGUAGAGGCGUUGACACCCGACUUUCAGGGCAACCAAGAAUUCAUUCAUGCCCUAGCAACAUCGGGAUUGGAUGUUUACGCUCACAACAUAGAAACUGUGAGACGACUAACGCCAAAGGUMCGAGACCGUCGAGCAACGUACGACCAGACUCUUGAUGUACUAAGAUACGCCAAGUCCGUUGGCAACUGUUUGACAAAGACAUCGAUAAUGCUCGGUUUCGGAGAAAGCGACGAAGACAUUAUGGAGACAUUGCAGGAUCUACGCGCAGCUGAUGUCGAUGUUGUAACUUUCGGACAGUACUUACAGCCGACAAGGAGACACCUUCCGGUUAAAAAGUACGUAACGCCAGAAGCAUUCGAAGAGUGGCAAGUCAAGGCCGAAGCACUUGGAUUCAAAUAUGUUGCUAGUGGACCGUUGGUCCGAAGUUCCUACAAAGCUGGUAAGCAAUGUUUGSAGUCAUGGUUUUAGAAAUAAGAUAUUUUGGAAAGGAUUCCCAUGRCAUGGUUUACAUGGAGAAAGGGGUUGUUUCACACAAACUCAUUGAUUUCUCUUCGUGAUUUUAAUAUUAUUUUUUCUUAAUAGGUGAAUACUUCCUGAAAAACUUACUGAAACAAAAAGAACAACAGAAGACGGCAUGAUCUACUCGGGGCGRUUUCCUGGAAGUCGCACACAAUCUUCCGAUACAAAGUAAGACGCUCGAUAUGAAAUUAAAUAAAGUUUUGUAGA